AUGGUUACGAGAGAUGUAAAUGUUAGACUGAAUAUAGAGGAUAGAAUAAAAGAAAGAUUGUGCUUUAAGAAGCCUACUGUCGCUCAAGCGAAAAGGCUUUCUGUUCCGGCACAUCCUUUCGUUGAACCCUUAUCACAGUUACAGGAAUUUCAGGAGUUUAAUAAACCUGAAUCAAUACAAAAGAGAGCACGUGAUUUACUUUCGGGAACUGACCCAUAUGUUUCCCACAAGGGUGAGAAGAUCCGUAGGGUCAUGCCUUUCGACAGAGAACGACCAUUAAUACGUAGUGUGCCUCAAAGUUCAAAAAGUUCAGUUUUGCCAGAGUUGCCGAAUUCAGAACUAGUCGAAGGAGAUGAAAAUCCUAAACCUAGUAGCCUACUUAGAUCGCAUCCAUAUAGAGCACAUCCAGGUACUUGUUCCGUUUCCGAAACAUUGGAUGAAAUUGCAAGUUAUGAAGGUGAAACGGAUAUAUUGAAAAUAAUUCAUAUUCUUCGUGAAAAUAAACGUAUCAAAUUCUUUUAUUUAACCAACUGUUUACCAAAACGAUCAACAAAAUAUAACUUUUAUAAUCUUAAGGUUGUCAGCUUUCAAAAUAUCAAUCGUGAUGAUUAUUAUACUUUAAGCCUUAAUGGUUGUACACAUUUAAUAGCAAAUGAUGAUAUAGAGCAUAUUACAUUGGAACGUUUUGAAACAGAAUAUAAAACAUUUAAAGAAAUAUGUCAAAUUCCAACAUUUGCUAGAUUUUGUUUAUGGAAAGGAUUUAUAUUAUGGCGUAAAAUUAUACAUUAUAUAAAGAUGGAUAAAUCUAAACAAUAUUUAUAUUAUAAUUUAUUUAUAUUAAAUUCAUCAAUAAGACCAGCAUUAUUAAAUAUACAUGAAAUGUGUUAUCGUAUAAAAGAAAUGAAUUUAUGUAAAUUAAAUAAAGAGAAACAAUAUACAUUAAUAGAAUUUUUAAUGAAUCAAGUAAAUCAAUUAAAUGAUGUUUGUAUUAAAUUAUAUGAAUUUCGUGAAUUAAUUAAAGAAAUUGUACGUGGUGCAUGUCGUACUGCAUUAUUAGAAUAUGGUUAUAUACCAGAUGAUUAUAUUAUAGAUCAUCAUGAGAAUAUAGUAAAUGUAAAAACAGAACCUUUAGUUGUUGGAACAAGUUAUAUUUCUUCAGCUUGUGAUAUGGAGGUAUUAUCAGAUGCACCAGAAAAAAUGACUUUUACAGAAAUGGCCGCGAAACGUCAAUAUUGUCAGCGUUUAACUUGUUUUAUACGUCUUGCUGAUUAUCAAAUUCUUAAUACAUUACAUGUAUUAACAGUGAAUUCAGUUAAUACAAUAUUAAAUUGUUUCAAUGAACAUUUACAGUAUACACCAACAUUAAAUGAAAUUAAAAGAUAUAAAAUUGAAGUAGAUGAAUUAUUAGAAGCUCCAUGUAAUGAUUUAAAUAUAGGAUUAAGUAGUACAAAUCAACGUAAAGAAUCUAUCAAGAAGCCAAUUAAAAUAAACAUAUCUGAUAAUGAAAUUGAAGAAGAAUCAAAACUAACACCACUUUUUACAUUAGAAAUCAUAAUGGAACCAUCUCGUUUAUAUUUAGUUCCUGAAGAAUCUUUAUUUCAAGAUGGAAUUAUGGAAAUUAUUAAUAAAUUUCAAGAACAAGUAAUCAAUAUUAAAAACUUAACAUCUGAUCCAUAUUUUAAUGCAUUUACUCAACCAUUAAUUAAUAAUAAAUUUGAAGAGAAAUUAUACGGUACUGGACCACAAUUAAAGAAUAUAUUUAAUGAAGAUCUAGAAUUACAUAAUAUUAUUCAACGUAUACAAUAUUCAUUAAAUUGUUCAUUUGAAGCAAUUCAUUGUUAUAAGAAUACAUUUCAUGAUAUACAUCAAUUUUAUCAAGAGAAUAAUGAAAUUACAAUGGAUAGUAUACAAAAUGAUUAUUUAGCAAAGAUUAAUGAAAUGAAUCAUGUGGAACGUCUUAAUGAAACUUUACAAUUUUUUAAAAGAAAUUUAUUAAAAUAUCAUCAUCAAUUAAAAAUCAUUGAAUUGGUACCAAUAGAAAAGUCCAUUGGAAUGUUCUUAAUUAAUACCAACUUAUUACAUAAUAAUUUGUUACCAUCAACAAAUCAAUGUUUAACUAUAUUACAUCAUUUAUUACCAUUAUAUAUUCAUAAUGAAGUGAAUAGAUUAAUAGAUGAAACCCAAGAAGCUGAAUAUACAUUAUCAAUCAUACCAAGUUCUACAAUAGAUUAUGUUAAUUAUUUUGGAUUUUUAAAUCAAAUACAAAAUAGAAUUGAACCAAUUGAGAAAGAAGCUGAAGUUAUCAAAGAACUCUAUGAAAUGAUUGAAGCAUUUGUUAUUCCUGUACCACCAGAAGAUUAUGCAAUCUAUCAAAGCCUUAUACCGUCAAUUGAUCGGGCUAAAAAUUCUAUGGAUAGAGCUCUGGGUGAUCGUGAUGUAUGUGUUGAUAAAUUUUUUGUUUCCUUGGAAAAAGAUAUAAAUGAAUUAAUUCAUGAUAUUAAAGAAGUAAAGCAAGCUAUUAAUAACCCGAUACUUUUAGAUGUUACAGCAGAACGUGAAGCUAUUCGUUCUGAACUAUCUAGAUUAAAGAUAAUAACGGAUGAUUUACAAAACAGAGCUACAACUUAUAAAAUGUAUCAUCGAAAAUUUAAAGAUCUUGCACAAGCUUUAACAGGAACAUCAAUUGAAGAUCAAAUACUUGCACGAGCUGGUGUAAAAGCUUCAUCAUUUGUGGUAGAAUCACCACGUUUUGAAGAAUUAGAUGCAAUCAUUAAUGAAAUGAAAUUAAAAUAUUUAUUAUGGGAUUCCAUUGAUGAAUGGGAUAAAACAAUUAAUGAAUGGAUGAAUACUGAAUUUUUCAAAUUAAAUCCAGAUGAUUUAACAAAUACAACUAUGAAAUAUGUAAAAUCAGUUGCAUUAAUGGAAAAAGGUUUACCUCCAAAUACUGUAGUACCAUUAUUAAAAGAAAAAGUAGAUGAAAUGAGAGUAAAAUUAACUACUAUUAUGGAUUUACGCAAUUCAUCGUUGAAACCGCGUCAUUGGAAAAUGUUAGAAGAAUUAAUCGGUUUUCAAAUGUCUGAAUUGGAAACACCAUUAAGUUUAGGCUAUUUAAAUGAAUUAAAAGCUUUUAAUAAAGCUGAACAAAUUCAAGAAAUCUCAGGUCAAGCUAGUUCUGAAUCAAGUUUGGAAAUGUUACUUAAAAAGGUUGAAGAAUCAUGGAAAUCAACUGAAUUCAUUGUUCUACCAUACAAAGAUAGUAAAGAUAUUUUUAUUAUUGGUGGAACUGAUGAAAUACAACAAUUAUGGGAUGAUUCUAAUAUUAAUAUAUCAACAAUUGCUUCAUCACGUCAUGUUGGUCCAAUAAAACAUCGUGUUGAUGAAUGGCAAACUUUAUUAGAAUUAUUUGGAAGAACUUUGGAUGAAUGGAUGAAAUGUCAACGAAGUUGGUUAUAUUUAGAAAGUAUAUUUUCUGCACCAGAUAUACAACGUCAAUUACCUAGUGAAUCAAAAAGUUUUAUGUCUGUUGAUAAAUCAUAUAAAGAUAUAAUGCGUAAAAUACAAAAAUUUCCAUUAGCUAUACGUGCUGCAACACAACCUGGUUUAUAUGAUACAUUACGUAAUAAUAAUCAAUUAUUAGAUCAAAUACAAAAAUGUCUUGAAGCUUAUUUAGAAUCAAAACGUUCUAUAUUUCCACGAUUUUAUUUUUUAUCUAAUGAUGAAUUAUUAGAAAUUUUAGCACAAACCCGUAAUCCAUUAGCUGUACAACCACAUUUAAGAAAAUGUUUUGAUGCUAUUAUGAAAUUAGAAUUUGGUAUAACAUCAGAUUCUAUGAAUAAAGAUGAGCCUGUUUAUACCAAUGAUAUAUUGGCUAUGCUUUCACCUGAAGGUGAACGUGUCUCACUCGGCAAAGGUUUGAAAGCUAGAGGCAAUGUUGAAGAUUGGUUAGGUAAAGUUGAAGAAGCAAUGUUUACAAAUCUUCGUAAAUUAAUGAAAAUUGCUAUAAAUGAUUUUGAAAGUUUACAUCGUGAAGAAUGGCUUAAAGCACAUGCAAAUCAAAUUGUUUUAACAGUAGAACAAUUAAUGUGGUCACGUGAUAUCACGUUAAUUUUGGAAGAUCCUCUCCCAGAAGAUCGUCUUGAUGGUUUAAAAGAAUAUGAAGCGAAAUGCUAUACAGGACUUAACAAACUUGCUACUUUAGUACGUGGAGAAUUACCAAAAUUAUUUCGUUCACUUCUAUGUGCUUUAAUUACAAUUGAUGUACAUGCACGUGAUAUGGUUACAGAAUUAGUCAAUAAUAAAGUUGAUUCAUUAGAUAAUUUUGAUUGGCAACGUCAACUUAGAUAUUAUUGGGAUUUAGAUUUAGAUACAUGUGUUGUAAAAAUGGCCAGUGCAUGUUAUAUUUAUGGUUAUGAAUAUUUAGGUGCAUCACCUCGUCUAGUAAUCACUCCAUUGACCGAUAGAUGUUAUUUAUGUUUAAUGGGUGCAUUACAAUUAGAUUUAGGCGGUGCACCCGCUGGUCCAGCUGGUACUGGUAAAACGGAGACAACUAAAGAUUUAGCUAAAUCUGUAGCAAAACAAUGUGUUGUUUUCAAUUGUUCCGAUGGUUUAGAUUACAAAAUGAUGGGUCGUUUCUUUUCUGGUUUAGCUCAAUCUGGGGCAUGGUGUUGUUUUGAUGAAUUUAAUCGUAUUGAUAUUGAAGUAUUGUCUGUUAUUGCUCAACAAUUGAUCACUAUUCGAAAUGCUAAAGCUGCACGAGUUGCAAGAUUCAUGUUUGAAGGACGUGAAAUUAAAUUAGUACCAACAUGUGCAGCUUUUAUUACAAUGAAUCCUGGUUAUGCUGGACGUACAGAAUUACCUGAUAAUUUAAAAUCAUUAUUCCGUCCAAUUUCUAUGAUGGUACCCGAUUACCGUCUUAUUGCUGAAGUUAUACUUUAUUCUGAAGGAUUUGAAUCAUCAAAAACAUUAGCAUUAAAAAUGACACAAAUGUAUAAAUUAUGCAGUGAACAAUUAUCACAACAAGAUCAUUAUGAUUUUGGUAUGAGAGCAUUAAAAUCAGUAUUAGUUAUGGCUGGUUCAUUAAAACGUGAAAAUCCUGAUAAACCAGAAGAUGUUGUAUUAAUUCGUGCUUUAAGAGAUAGUAAUUUACCGAAAUUUCUUAAACAAGAUGCUAUCCUAUUUACAGCAAUUUUACAAGAUCUUUUCCCUGAUGUUACAUUACCAGAACAUGAUUAUGGAUUAUUUUUAGCAGAGAUUGAAACAGUAUUACAAGAUAUGAAUUUACAAAUUAUUACUGAACAAGUAUUGAAAAUAAUACAAUUCUAUGAAACAUUAAUUGUACGUCAUGGAGUAAUGUUAGUUGGACCAACUGGUGGUGGAAAAACUACAAUUUAUCGUGUUUUAGCUAAAGUUUUAAAUAAUUUACAUGUAGCUGAAUUCAUGGAUAAGAAACCAGAAUAUCAACCAGUGAAAAUGUAUGUUUUAAAUCCAAAAUCUAUAACGAUGGGUGAAUUAUAUGGUGAAGUAAAUAAAUUAACAUUUGAAUGGCAUGAUGGAUUAUUAGCUUCUAUUGUUAGGCAAACAUGUGUAGAUCCUACACAAGAUCAUCAAUGGGUUAUAUGUGAUGGUCCAGUUGAUGCAUUAUGGAUUGAAAAUAUGAACACAGUAUUAGAUGAUAAUAAAAUGUUAUGUUUAGCUAAUUCUGAACGUAUUAAAUUAACAAAUUAUGUUCAUAUGUUAUUUGAAGUACAAGAUUUAGCUGUUGCAUCACCGGCAACAGUAAGUCGUUGUGGUAUGGUUUAUGUAGAUUCAGAAGAUUUAGGUUGGUUACCAUAUGUUAAAACAUGGAUUAAAACAAUUGAAGAAAAAUUAACCCCAUAUGUAAUGGAAUAUAUUAUGAAUCUUUUUAUAAAAUAUGUAGAUCCUUUUAUGAAUUUUGUAAUGACUAAAUGUACAACAAUCAUUCCACAAGUACCUAUUGCACGGAUACAAACAAUGUGUAAAUUAUUAGAAGUUCUAUUAACUCAUUCAAAUUGUCUAUCAAUGAAUGAAGAUAAAAAUAAAUUAAAUCCAUUAUUAGCUAUGUCAUUUGUAUUUUCAUUAUUAUGGGGAUUAGCUGGUUGUUUAAUUGAUACAAAUUGGGAUAAAUGUGAUGCAUUUAUUCGUAAUCUGUUUGAUGAUUUAGGUGAUGCAAGACUUCCUCAACAUUCUGAUUUAUGGUCUUGUUUUGUUGAUAUGGAUACACGUCGUAUGGAUAAUUGGGAUAAAUUGCUUAAUACAUUUAUAUAUAAUAAACAAAUACCAUUUUUUGAUAUGAUUGUACCAACUGUAGAUACAAUCAGAUAUGGAUACAUGUUAGAUAAAUUAUUAGCUGUAAAUCAAAGUGUACUGUUUACUGGUUUAACUGGAGUUGGAAAAUCAAUUAUAAUUCGUGGAACAUUGAAUAAUAUCGCUGAAUUAAAUAAUUAUAUACCGGCAUAUAUCAAUUUCUCUGCUCAAACAACAAGUAAUCGUAUCCAAGAAAUUAUUGAAAAUAAAUUAGAAAAGAAAAAAAAGCAUCUAAUUGGUGCACCUCAAAAUAAACAAAUUAUAUUAUUUAUUGAUGAUUUAAAUAUGCCAAAACAAGAUCAAUAUGGUAGUCAACCACCUAUUGAAUUAUUACGACAAUAUCAAGAUUUUCAUGGUUUCUAUGAUAGAGUUAAAUUAGAAUGGAUUAAUAUUAAAAAUAUGAUAUUAUGUUCAGCAUGUGGUCCACCAGGUGGUGGAAGAAAUUUAAUCACUUCAAGAUUAAUAAGACAUUUUGCAUUAUUUGGUUAUCUACUUGAAUUUCCUCAAGGUGUUCGUAGUGUUGGUGAUUCAAUUGUUAAUGCCGCUGUUGAAAUAUAUUCUAGAAUGGCUAAAGAACUAUUACCUACCCCAACUAAAUCUCAUUAUGUAUUCAAUUUAAGAGAUUUGUCAAAAUGUAUUCAAGGCGUUUUACAAGGUGAUGUAAGUGUUAUCCGUAAUAAACAAUCAAUUAGUCGAUUAUUCUAUCAUGAAGCUCAACGAGUAUUUCAUGAUCGAUUAAUUAAUCAAGAAGAUAAAAUGUUUUUCAAUCAAAUUCUAUCAGAAAUGGCAUUGAAAUAUUUCGGUGAAACUGUAGAAGCAGAAACAUUUACAAAGCAUCCAAUUUUAUUUGGUGAUUUUCUAAGACCUGGUAUUCCACGAUCUGAACGAUUAUAUGAAGAAAUAAAUGAUAUGGAUAAACUGAAAUCAUUGUUAAUGGAUUACUUGGAUGAUUACAAUAUGACAAUGUCAAAGGAUGUGAAACUUGUCUUCUUUGUCGAUGCUAUUGAACAUGUUUGUCGUAUUGCUCGAAUAAUUAGACAAGAUAGAGGAAAUGCUUUAUUAGUUGGUGUCGGUGGUACUGGUAAACAAUCAUUAACUAGGUAA